AUGUUCAGAAUAGCGAAAAAUCUUGUCAGAACUCUUGAAGAGUCUGUUACUGGAACGGUUGGGGACAAACCUAUUGAUUCAUAUUUUCAUUCAGUACCACCACAAUUGUUCCCGAUAAGGGAAGAUGACCCUAGAUAUGCUCAUCAAACGGAUUCUCUAUAUGGUUUAAGAGUGGUACAAGUUGACGAGUCGCAAUUGCAAUUAACUUCGUUCUUUGAUUAUAUCAUUGGUUUCAAUAACCAACCGAUCCCCUUGGUACAGGAUGGUACCAUGGGUGCAUCACAGACGUUCUACCCAGAUUAUAAAAGGAUUAUAUCAUUCUUCAAUGAGCAUUGUGGCAACACUAUCAAGUUACAUGUAUGGUCUGGUAAAGGGGGUGUUUACAGAGAGGAGUAUCUUUACGUCUCGGCGAAAAACUCUGUGAGCGAGAUCCCGUUGGAUGAAACAGAUGCGCAACAAUCCCUAAUGACUUCUAAGAUGUUUGAAGCGUUAGGUUUCAAAGUGCAAUGGACCCCAUUAAUCGCUGUUACGUAUAGUUACCAUGUUUUACAACUAAACAUUGAAAACGGACCCGCUAUGCAAGCAGGAUUGAUUCCAGAUCAGGAUUACAUUAUCGCAUGCCAAGAUGGAUUGCUAGCAACUGGCGGUGAGCAUCUGUUACAAGACAUUGUCAGAUCAAGAGCGAACCAUUCUUUAGUACUAUACGUAUACAACAAAGCCGUGGAUUGCGUAAGACCUGUGACGGUACACCUUGCUGCUGACGGAAGGCUUGGAUGCAACGUUGGCUACGGUUUCUUGCACAGAAUCCCGGCACCUAUCCAAAAUUCACAAUCAAUUAUCCACUCUCCAGCAGCCGUUGAAUCUCACAAUUCAAACAACAUCAUCCACCCAAUUACACAACCAACUUUAAUUCCUGCGACGUUGGCUAAUAAUGCGGAUAAUAAAGAAACGAUGCCUUCAAACCCACUUCAGGUACCAGUUCCGGUUGGAAGAAGACAAGCACAGCUUCACCGCGGUUCGAACACUACCAAUGCUGCGGCUGCUUCAGCAUCAAUGGCUGACUACUUCCAAGAGGGAAAAGAUCAAUCACCAAGAUCCUCAUCAAAGGCAACCCCUCCUCCUCCACCUCCAGCUUCUUCUACUGCUAGUAAUACGGCUUCAGACUGA